AUGGAACUUUACUCGGAAGUUGCCGAUCGAAAUUUGUUCUCUUUUCCUGCAGUGAGACUCAAUGAAAACUGCACGGACUUAGAUCUUGGAGAGUUAUGCUCAGCGGAGUGCUCAGAGCGCGUCCGAUCUUGCUUAGCUUUUUGCGCACCCGGAGAUGUUUCUUGUGAGAAUAGCUGCAUUCGUCAAGGAUUCGACUGUGUCGAUGGGUGUCCUUGUCAUGCUGAUUGCUUCGAGGGCUGUGAUGGUUGCGCUGCAGUCAUCUGCAACGUUUGUUUUGAACCUGGAGAGAACCCAGAUUACAAAACGUGUCUCAAUCAGCUUGAGUUGGACCUUAUCCAGUGCCUAAAUGAUUGCUCUGGGAGUUCUACUUGUGUCAUUCAGUGCAACACGGACUUCCUUGAAAACUUCGAAAACUGUCCAUGUGAAUCUGGCUGCCCUAAUGGAUGUCCAUGUCCAAACUACGAGUGUCCCUCGGUCAACCCUACUAUUCCUCCGCAGCAGCUGACAUCCGUACUGAUCCUUGAUCGAACAUACCCAGCUCACGUGCCCGCUCUUGCAAAUUUCGACCACUACACUGAAGACAUCACUGUUUCUUGGUAUGACAACGGUCCAGAUAAUCGAGAGUAUUUCUUUUAUGAGGGCUGUUCUGUUCUUUACAAAGGAAUGAACUUCCUUUUUGGCGGACGGUACUCUAAUGACGGUGGACCGACAAUCUACGGGCCGCACAUUCUCGACGGUUGCGAUAUUGUUAAAGCGGAAGGAGAAGAGAUCAACCAUAACUGCAAUACAGGUUCUGUCGGCUAUCUACCUUCCGAAGAUGACCCACAAGCAUACAUCAUGAUCUACGAUGGUAUGAAGAAGGUCCAAACUUACGAUGGAAGUAAAUUUUGGGACAGUCAAUCACCAAACCGAGGCCAUCAAUAUCAAGGAGGUCAGAUUGCAUCAUACGAGGGGAAUCCUAUCUUGAUCUCUGGAAGAGAUGCCGAUACUGGUUCAUACCACCCGGUUGUUGAACGCUUUACGAAUUUAUAUGGCUGGUCUGUUGAAGAAUCACUAGUGUGGCCAGAUGGGUACACUUACCAGUUCACACAUGUUUCGGACAGAGAUUUGGGUAUCAUCCUGUUCCCUGGUUACACUUCUGGACAAGCUGGAAAGAUUUGGAGGCUUUUUGAUGACCAGUGGACUACUAUUGGAACUGUUGUUGAUGGUGUUUAUAAAACGCGAGCACAGGCGCGACUAGUUCGUCUUGCUCCUAACGAGCUCUUGAUACUUGGAGGCAGCCAGGAGCAUCACUUCGAAAAAUACACCCUCAGUGAAGAUUGGACCUCGAUUGAAGGAGAAAAACUCAUGGAAGAACACCCUACUCUCCUGAACUACAACCAUCCUUAUGCUAUUUUGGUACCAGAUAGCUACUGUCUCGUUUGA